AUUUGAUUCGUGGCGUAGUGCUCAUGUCUGUGUCUGAUGCAAAGUGUAAGCGAAGUGGCCUACAGACCUACAUUUAUGAUACGCUCGGUUUUAAUGUUCGGGGGCGAAGAAAGCGGGUAAUUGGGGUUGUUCGGGGUGCAAUCGAAGGUCAGGGCUUCGGGUCGCCUGUGUGCGUGUCCGACGGGGGUCAUCAUUUCGUUUUAAGUGCGUUAAAUCGGGGUAAACAAUGCAUCAAGAAGCGACAAGUAUGAGCGUACAACAGGGCACCGUUGCCGCGUCUACUAGCACCCAGACGACGACGACGGUGGCGGCUGAGGAUACUGUUAUGGUGGUCCACCAGAAUGGUGGUGGAGGUGGUGGCGAAGGAAGCGGUGACGAUGGCGGUGGCGUCGGACUCGAUGUCACCGUCUCCAAUGCCACCACCCAGACCCCUGUCACCAUGGCCCUCGAAGAAGUUAAUUUAGAAAUCACCGAUGACAACGACAACGUUGACUUGGAAGUGCCUUUUACUAAUAAUGCUGCCGAAGGGAGUGGAGGCCUGUCCAGUGUAGACAUGGGCACCAACUACCAAAUCUCUGGGCCGGCGACCACCAUCACCACCUCCGCAUCGGACCCUCUUGACACCAAAGACGGUAUCGAGGAGCUGUGCCCUGUCUGCGGAGACAAAGUCUCCGGUUACCAUUACGGAUUACUAACGUGCGAGUCCUGCAAGGGCUUCUUCAAGAGGACGGUGCAGAACAAGAAAGUUUACACGUGCGUCGCCGAACGGAGCUGUCAUAUCGACAAGACUCAGAGGAAGAGGUGUCCCUUUUGCCGAUUCCAGAAGUGCCUAGAAGUUGGCAUGAAACUCGAAGCCGUGAGGGCGGAUAGGAUGAGAGGUGGAAGGAAUAAAUUCGGACCAAUGUACAAGAGGGACAGGGCGAGGAAACUGCAGAUGAUGAGGCAGAGACAGCUAGCUGCACAGACACUCAGAGGCGGCAUUGGUGAUAUGUAUCAGUCGAGUCAGUCGAGCUCGUCGCCGUUCGGCAACAUCCACAUCAAGCAGGAGAUCCAAAUACCGCAGGUAUCUUCGUUGACGUCAUCACCUGAUUCUUCUCCAAGUCCUAUUGCCGUCGCCCUGGGUCAGGUCUCCUCGAAUACCCUCUCGCAGGCCGUCUCCAAUCAGCAACCCGCCCUUCAGAUCGUCGGAGUGCAGGGCACACCCUCUAUGAUGAUGGCUGACAACAAGCUGUGGGCCAACUCGACGACGACUUCCCCGCAUUCUCUAAGUCCGAAGACGUUCCAAUUUGAUACGGUGGUACCUCCGAGCGCGAGUGUUCCUACCUCUAGCAAAAUGUCGCCUUUGAUAAGAGACUUUGUGGAAGCCAUCGACGAUCGCGAGUGGCAGAACUCCCUCUAUGGACUCCUCCAGAGCCAAACAUACAACCAGUGUGAAGUGGACCUUUUUGAACUUAUGUGCAAAGUGCUGGACCAAAACUUAUUCUCUCAAGUGGACUGGGCGCGUAAUUCCAUCUUCUUCAAAGAUCUCAAGGUUGAUGACCAGAUGAAGUUGCUGCAACACUCCUGGUCCGAUAUGCUUGUUCUGGAUCACAUACACCAGCGGAUGCACAACAAUCUGCCCGAUGAAACGACGCUGCACAACGGCCAGAAGUUCGAUCUGCUCAACCUAGGCCUGCUGGGUGUCCCGACGCUCAUCGACCAUUUCAACGACAUCACCGCAAAAUUGCAAGAACUUAAAUUCGAUAUCAGCGAUUACAUAUGCAUCAAAUUUCUGCUUUUACUUAAUCCAGAUGUGCGGGGUAUCACAAAUAGGAAACACGUACAGGAUGGUUUCGAACAAGUACAACAGGCUUUACUUGAAUACACUGUCACGUGUUACUCCAAUAUUCAGGAUAAAUUCAAUAAAAUGUUACAAAUCCUUCCGGAGCUCCACAGUUUGGCAGCAAGGGGCGAAGAGCACCUUUACCUCAAGCACUGCAACGGCAGCGCUCCCACGCAGACGCUCCUGAUGGAGAUGCUUCACGCCAAGCGGAAAUAAUAAGAGGAGGAGGAUGCGGUUGAUGAUGCGUAGGAUGAUGAUCUGAGCGACGAGAAGAAGCGCAGAAAUCACCCGAGCACCAUCACCCCAUCGACAUUUGUUUUUGUAUAAACUCACCAUCACAGAAGAAGAAGACAGGACCUCACUUUAACAAGCAAAAGAAGGAAAUAUAAAUUCAACUCUGAAGUUACUGCAGAACAGCAAAAAACAAACAAACAAAUAUUUAAAAGUAUAUUGAGAAAAAAAAAACUAGUGGAGAGACUAAAGCGAGACAGACACAACACAAAACAACAAAUAGAGUUAUAUGUAUAUGAUAGAGAACCCGACCUCCCUUCGUUCACUACGAACGAAAGGGAGAUGAUGAGGAAAAGAAUGUGUUACCAUAAUUAUUUUAUAAUUUUAGAUUUACUAAAUGAAUUCUGUGCAAUAUACAGGCUUGUAUAACCAAUACUAUACACACACACGAACACACCACACACACAACACUUACAAAGUUAUUUGUAAAUAUUUGAUUUUGAGAUAUAUAUAUAAAAAAAAGAAUGUAAUAACUAAAACGAGGACGAGACAAAUACUAUACAAGUGUGGAGCAGAAGAAAAACGGUUCCUCGCGAGGAAAAUCUCUUUAUUAUAUGAUAUAUUAUAUAUAUAUAAAAUAGUUGUUGACAUUGAUGCCUUCAUGAAGUACAAAGAGAAGAGAAUGUUAUUGUAUUGAUUUUUCUCGUUUCGUUUUCAUUAUUUUUUUUUUGGUUUGGAUGCAAGUGAGUGAACGCUAGAUGACUUUUCUUGGUUUUCCUGAUGAAAUGCAUGCGGUGCGCGUUACUCGAUUUAUAUUUUUUUAUGAAAAGGCAAAGCAAACGAAACUUAUUUACCAUAAACCGUCUGAGGGCGUGCACC